AUGGAGGGAAUUAGUCAGCAACAACGUCAGCAGGGAACUCCGGCAUUCCUCGGCCAUGACGUAGGCUCCCCGGAUACAGAGAGCAACACUAAUAUGUUGAGGAGCUUACUUCUUUCUAAGCAAGAAGUAGCUUUGCUUUGCCUAGUAGAUGAAUGGAUCAAAGAAAUUUGGACAGGGAUCCACCAAAAGAUCCAUAAGCCACAAAGCGGGAGCGAAGUCAGUGUCCUCGGCCGAUGGCUGGCUAAUAAAGCCCCAAGAUUGAUGGAGCUCGCUAGUGAUAAGGCCUCAGCCUCGAGGAUGGAGUAUCGCCUCUCCAUUGUCUACUCAGCUAUUAGUCUUCUUAAUGGCUACCUGAGAGCAAAGCCAACUACCAAACAUAUAGUCCCGAUUUCUGCUUGUUCCAAAAACGUUUGCUCCACAGAUAUUGAUUCAUCCAUUCUAUAGAACAAUAGCCUAUAGUAGCUAUACAGAGUAAAGAAAAUAAUAGGCAGCAUUUACCUAUUAAGGUCACCCGGCGA